CCCCAGUCCUCAUUCAAAACAGAACACAGCUGUUGCGAGGCACAUCGCUCUGGUCGCUAGCCUAGCUGUCUUUCUGCAGUCUUCAGUUGCUUCAUAUGGGCUGGACGUGUGUUAUAUCCCAAAAUACAUUGGUGCACUUUGCUGAGAGACAGCAAGACCGAAGCGGAAGAGGAGGCCACGAUUAAAGAGGCCGCACGGAGGUGGGGAGGCCAGCCAAACGCUACAGCACCAUGCGCCUGAUCUGACACACAACCAGUAAGCACCGCCUCAGCUGUCCCAGCUCGUUGAAGGGCCAGGUGGGCUUUGCUGCCACAGAGGAUGAAGAGCGGUCUCCUGCGCUAAAGCUGGAUGGUGUGGGAAUGAUGGAUGUCCCCAAUGGCCAAUCGGUGGUUAGCACAGCAGCUGCCACCAUCUCUGAGAGGAGCAUCAGCUCAGAGUCUCUCAGUGAUAAGGGUUCAGAGCUGAAGAAGAGCUUUGACGCAGUCGUGUUUGAUGUUCUAAAGGUCACACCAGAGGAAUAUGCAGGCCAGAUUACACUCAUGGAUGCCCCGGUGUUCAUUGCCAUCCAGCCAGAGGAGUUGUCGAGCUGUGGCUGGAAUAAGAAGGAGAAGCACAGCUCUGCACCCAACGCUGUAGCCUUCACGCGCAGGUUCAACCAGACCAGCUUCUGGGUGGUGCGGGAGAUACUCCACGCGCAAACGCUGAAGAUCAGAGCAGAGGUGCUGAGUCUGUACAUACGCACUGCCAAGAAACUGUGCGACAUGAACAACCUGCACGCGGUCAUGGCGGUGGUUUCGGGCCUGCAGAGCGCUCCCAUCUUCAGACUGAGCAAGACGUGGGCGUUACUGAGUCGGAAGGACAAGGCGUCGUUUGAGCGUCUGGAGUACCUGAUGGCCAAAGAGGACAAUUACAAGCGUCUCAGGGACUACAUACGCAGCCAGAGUAUGGUGCCCUGCAUCCCUUACCUAGGUAUGUACCUGUCUGACCUGACCUACAUUGACUCCGCCUACCCCUCCACCGGCAGUAUCCUGGAGAACGAACAGAGGUCCAACCUGAUGAACAAUAUCCUUAGGAUCAUAUCAGAUCUGCAGAGAUCCUGCAUCUGCGACACACCAGUGUUGCCUCACGUCCAGAAGUAUCUCAACUCGGUCAGAUAUAUCGAGGAGCUGCAGAAGUUUGUGGAAGAUGACAACUACAAGCUGUCCCUGAAGAUUGAGCCAGCCACCACCACACCACGCGCUCACAUCUCCAAAGAGGACCUUGUUGGUCAGGAGGUGUCCUCCUCGCCUCUCUGUGGCCGCAAGGGAACAAUAGCCCCCGAGGGCGCCAAGGUCUCGGCCACACCCCCCUCGCCCCGCAACCUGCUGCCCUACAGCCACAGGAAGAGCCACAGCCUGGGCUACAACUUCAUCCACAAGAUGAACACGGUGGAGUUCAAGAGCGCCACCUUCCCCAACGCGGGCUCCCGCCACCUCUUGGACGACAGUGUUAUGGAGAGCCACACCCCCACCCGAGGUCAGGCGGAGAGCUCCACCCUGUCCAGCGGCAUCUCCCUGGGAAGCAGUGAAGGCUCCGAGCUCAGUGAGGAGAUGUCGUGGCCAGCUUUUGAGAGGACUCGCUUCUAUCACUCUCUGGGCCCAGUGACCCGCGUGGCCCGCAUCUCCUACAGAGGCGUCCUCAGGGCCAGCAGCUCUGCAGAGUCUGAGGAGCUGGCUGUCCACUUGUAUCCAGGAGCAGCGACGGUCCAGGGGGUCUUGAGACGCAAGACAGUCCUCAAGGAAGGCAAGAAACCCACGGUUGCCUCUUGGACAAAGUACUGGGUGGCUCUCUGCGGCGCACAGCUCUACUUCUACCCUGCCAAAUCCCUCAAGGCCACUGAGAGGAAGCACUUCAAGUCGACGUCUAGUAAAACCGUGUGUGUGGUUGGUCUGAUGGCCAUGAUGACAGACGACCCAGAGCACCCUGACAUCUUCCUCCUGACGGACUCGGAGAACGGUAACACCUACAAGUAUCAGGCAGGAACUCGAACCAAUGCCCUCAUGUGGUUCAAAUAUCUGAGCACGGCUUGUCAGAGCAACAGGCAGCAGGUGCCAGCCAAUCUGAUGUCAUUUGAGUGACCGACAAAAAUGAUGGUGGUCGAGGAGCAGGAAGAGGAGGAGGAGUAAGUCCCCCUGUGAUGAAAAGCCAGCAGCAGGAGGUGCAGGACUAGAAGACAGCCCCCUAGGAUGAACAAAAAGCAAGCGGAGGAGUGGGAGGACGAGAACUGUUGUCUCAGUAGUGGGAGUAGUUCACUGCCAUGAGUCCCCACCGCCACAACCCUGCGUCCAGUCCACACCCCCCCCCCACCCCGCCCCUCUCCAACAAAAACUCCCUCCCCCUUUCCCUGCCAAUCUUGUGCCGGCCUCUCUGCAAUCGUCUCCCGCCACCACUGCCUUAACCAGAGACCGUCCCUUCCUGUCCCCCUCCUCCCCAACGCCACGUGUCUGUGAGACGAGUGCGGCCGACAUGGCUGUAUUCAACUACUGAACAAGGACCUGUACCACUACUUCUUCUGUUGCCCUCUCUGGCUCUCCAGCAGCUCUCUGUUCUCUGCCCUCCCCUCCUUCCUAGCCCCUGUGAGCACGUGGAGUGGAAGCGUUUUGGACUCCUGUUCCUCACCCCCACACGGCCCCGCUCCGGGUGAUGGGCAGAAAUGAGGGAGGGAACCUUUUCUUUGUUGUUGUUGUUUUCGUUUCAUCUUACUGAUACCUUGCUCCUAAGAAAUAAGAGUGUCGACAGAAAUAGAGGAGCUGGACCCUGCACACACACACACACACACACACACACACACACACACACACACACACACACACACACACACACACACACA